AGGCAAUACUUCUGGGGUUCCAGGCAAUAUGCCUAGGUUUCUAAACAUUUAGUUGUUAGUUGGUGUGCACCAUCUAAUCCUUUAGUACUUACAUCACAGUGGUCUGAGUAUGACACCGUACAGUGUCCCUGCUCUUGUGUGCCUGCUGUACUGUACUGCAACAGUGUCCAGUGCUCCUCAGAUGUUUAUUUGGAAUUGUCCCGAGUGCCCGUACUCUACUAAAGUAACCAACGCAGUUAUUGAUUUCUCUUCAAGUUCUGGGGCAACAGGAGCUCUCAAGGUUUCCCACAUUCAAGCUGAGGACGGGCAGAGUAGUUUAGAGAUCCGAGGCCCUAUGGAGGGGUUGGACUCCAGCAGGACAGAGUUUAGAGUACACGAGGACGGAGAUUGCUCAGGGUUGGGAGAAAUUCUCUACUCUGAAACCUGCAACAACUGCCAAACCUUCAUCUCCAUUAAAGUUCUCCAGUCUAAAAAACUGCUAACCUUGGGACAGGAGAAUGAUGUAAUGGGUCGACCGGUCUCUAUCUACGAUACAAGGAA